AUACUGAAAUUGACGAUUCUACUUAUGCCGUUCAAGACCUAGAAGAUAUAGAAAAGGAUGAAGUUGAUGAAUUAAUCAUAGACCUAACGACAAAUCUGUCAGAUCCAACAAUCGAACGCCAACUAAAUGAAUUCAACAACAUGAAUGAUUCUCAAAUACUUACUGAAGAUCUUCUCAAUGAAGAGGAAAUUGUUAACAUUGUGUUGGAUGAGCAACAGGAAUUCGAAGAAGGUGAUGCAAAUGAUACUGACGAGGAACCGCCUGAAAUCCCUAUUACAGAAGGCUUAAAUGGACUAACAAAGUUCAUUGGUUUUUUUGAGCAACAAGAGAGUUGUGACUUUAAUAUGGAGGAUCUUAAA